UUUGAUUUUUGAAGGAAAAAAAAUCAAUUUUGAUUUUGCCGGAGUGUUUCGCUUCUGAGAUUGACAAAAGUGCACAAGGCCAUGGCGUCCUCUGCGAGCUGCUGCUGCUGCUGCUUCCGCUUCCGCCGCCCUCUCCGUCUCCUCACCAGCCGCUACAAGGGAAGGGGAAGCCCCGCACGCAUCCGCCUCCUCUCACCGUCCACCCCUUCCCCAAGGCUCUCUUGUCGCAUCCCCGCCUCAACCGAACCGCCGCUCGCGGACACCGACCAAGACGGUUGCUCCGCGGGCCACGAGGAGGAGGAGGACCGGGACGACCGCUACGGCUUCCAGAUCCAGGUCUCCAAAACCGGGAACCGCAACCGGCGCCUCGUGCGCGCGCAGGUGAGCGUCGACGCGCCGCUCGACGCGGUCUGGGCCACGCUCACCGACUACGAGGGCCUCGCCGACUUCAUCCCGGGCCUCUCCGAGUGCCGCCUCCUCCACCAGGACCACCGCUUCGCCCGCCUCUACCAGGUUGGGGAGCAGGAUCUGGCGCUGGGGUUCAAGUUCAACGCCAAGGGGACCAUCGACUGCUACGAGGGCGAGAUGGAGGUGCUGCCCGCCGCGGGGGCGCGCAGGAGGGAGAUCGCAUUCAAGAUGAUCGACGGCGAUUUCAAGGUCUUUGAGGGGAAAUGGUCCGUCGAGGAGGUUGAUGGUAGCAUUGCCGAAGGUGGGGAAAUUUCAGAGGACCAGGGACUCCAGACAACACUUUCUUACCUAGUUGAGCUGGAGCCUAAGCUCUGGGUUCCAGUGAGGUUACUGGAAGGAAGGAUCUGCAGUGAGAUCAAGACCAACCUUGUCUCGAUCAGAGAACAAGCACAGAGGAUCCAAAGAUUACAGCACGAGGUAACUGCAGCAAACAGAGUUGCUCAAUUGCUGUUCUAACGUGUACAAGAGGAUGUUUAAUUUCUUUACAGCCAUGUAAUAUAUCCUUGCCCCAAAACACUAGUAUAAUAUCCUCAGAAGUAGCAGCUAGAGAAUUAAUACAUCUGGAAAUUUGUUGUUUUCUUUGUACUUCCAUCCCGCUGUUAUCAUAGUGCGCUUCGUUUUUCAAUUCUCAUGCUGAAGUUUGUUUGGUUAUAUAUUUUCAGUGAUGACUAGAGACCUUUUCUGACAAGUCCAUUCUUGAUUGACAACUUGUUGACUGAACAGAG